UACCGCUGUCCAUAAUAAACGUGCUCGCGCCGCGAUACCGCUUCGGGCCGUGAAAUUCGUUGAUUUCUGUGUUAAAAAGUACCAUUUUCCGUGGUACAAACGUUUUGCCGGGGUUGAAGAAACGCUUUUGAAGUAGAAAUUAUCACAAUAACAACAGAACAAUGCUGCUCGCCGAACCGCAGCAACCGGUCGAAGAUAUGGAUGCGUCGACGGAAGGUGUUUCGGAGUCGUUCAAGGCCGAGUUUGCCGACAGUACGGACAGUGAGGAAAGCUUCACCGACGAAUAUGAUUCCGAUGAGGAGCUACGGCAAGCCUUCCUUCGCAACGAGCUGAAGCCGGGCUUGAACGUGAUCCUGAAGGAAGAGCGGCAGCCGAUCAACGAUACGAUCAAGCUAAAGGCCGCCCUCGAAACCUGCACACUCAAAGCGCCCUGGCUCGAGCGGAUGGAUCUGGUGAACGAUCUGGCCCCGCUCACGCCCGAGCUGGCGAUCCAGAUCGAGAAGCACGAGCAGAAGCGGGAAAACCUGUUCAAGGGCAACCGGAAGAUACCGUACGUGAAGCCGGAGGCGGACACGGUGCUGAACGACUUCAAGCGCGAGAUCCUGUUCCACCGGCAGGCGCAGGCGGCCACGCUCGAGGGCAUCGGGCGGCUGCACGAGCUCGGCAUCGCGACCAAGCGCCCGGACGACUACUUCGCCGAGAUGGCCAAGACGGACGAGCACAUGCAGCGCAUCCGGAAGGUGCUGCUGGACAAGCAGGAGGGUAUCGCGAAGUCGGAGCGCAUCCGGCAGCUGCGCGAGCAGCGCCGCAUCGGCAAGCUGAUACAGCGCGAGGCGACGGAGAAGCGGGACGAGGAGCGGCGCAAGAUGCUCGGCGACAUCAAGAAGUUCCGCAAGGGCAAGCUAUCGAACCUGGACUUCCUGGACGAUGACGACGGGCCGCGCGGUGAGUUCCGCAAAUCGGGCAAGGGACCGGGCAAGGGUGGUAAGGGAGGGAAGGGAGGUAAGGGGGGUGCGAGCGCGAAGCGGAAGGCGCGCGAUGCCAAGUUUGGCUUCGGUGGCAAGAAGAAGGGCAAGAAGCAAAACACGAAGGAAUCGUGCAUGAACGAUGGGCCACGGCGCCGGGGCGGUCCGGGCGGUGCGAAGGGUGGUGGUGGUGGUGGGGCGAAAACUCGACCAGGGAAGGCGCGCCGGGCACAGAUGAAGAGCAAGGGGGGCGGUGGACGUAAGAAGUAAGCAAAAUAAGAAGAAGAAGAAGCAGUGUAUUGAUAAAAAGUGUACAUUUAAGCGUAAUUCCAUAAGCCGGUCGUUCUCUGUUUUGCUCCGUUUUCAUGUCAAAAAAUAAAAGAAAAUGCAAGGCGAAGAAACUUGCAGAGAUUGAAAGCUUGGAAGACUUUUUAAACGUAA